GCGCAGACAGGGGGCGGUAGAUCUCUUAUUUGUGAUCUGGUAGGGCGAUAAUAAAGGUCUGGGUCUUGCAUAUGUUGGACACGGAGCUCCGGAUGAGUGCUGAAACUGGCAGUGAGAACGAAGAGAGAAGAGAAGAGCCGUGUGACGUGUCCUCGAGCAGGUUCAGUGUCCGUCAUGAUCAUCCAUAGCGGAUAGGUGAAGGUGUGUGUGCAUGUGGCCCCCAGGUGGCACAAGAGGACUAUGGAGCCCGAUGUCGUCCGUUUGUACUCUUCCACGCUGCCUCCACUGGACAAGGCAGCAGAACAGGAAGAGGAGGAUGAGUUUGGUGAGUUUGGCAGUUUCGGUGACAGAGGCGUGAUGGCCAGUUGCAGCUUCUCAGAGCUUGACAUGCCCAUAACGUUCAACCAGUCAAAUGCACUGGAGGACUCUCCACCUGACUUGUACAUCACAUCUGUGCAGAAUCUCACUCUAUCUGAGAAGAACAGAUGGGCCAACGAGAGAAAAAUAUCAGAGGAAGCACACCGGCCUUGUGUGGUAUCAAACCUAGAAACAUCAGAAGGUGAGACUGAGGUGCACAGUUGCACUGAGAAUAUAAAGAAAGAAUCAUUGGAGAUUCUGACGAAUGGUGUAACAUACUCUGACCCACAGAAGGAGCUCUCUGAAUUCCACAGCAGCACAGGCCGGAAUUUAGAUGGCACAGGUGAUGGACACAACCUCAGUAAUGGCCAUUCAGAGCAGGAGAAAGUUAAGCGCACCUUCUUAAAAAGUACGGAGAACAGAAACAACUCUGGACUGGAUGAUGGGUUAGAUGGAACACAGGAAAUUAACCAAACAGACAACCUGCAAGACUCUAACAGUAACUCAUCUCCUAAAGAAGAAUCUGAACCUGUAGAGAUGGGAGUGGGAAUGGAGUUAAGUGAUGACUCCCAGUCAUUUAGUCCAUGUAAAGAUGUACAGGAGGCUGAAGGUAUGCAGGAACAUAAGGAGAACAAGGGAACAGAAGAUAAGGGACUUCCAGGUGCUGCUGGCUCCUCAAGUGAGGACUUUGUUAUUUGUAGUGUCACGGGUGUUUCCAAGGCAGCGACAGCCCCCACAAUAGACAUGGAUAUAACCUCUGACACACAGCUGAGCAGAGACACAAGGGAAAUUCAUGGAUCCUCAGAUGUGGAGGUAAAUGAGGACAUUAAGGCCUUUAAUGAGACACCAACAGACCGCACAGCCGAAGAGGACUUUGGGGAUUUCAGAGAUGUAACUCAGGGUUUUGCAGACUUCAGCCAGACUGAAUCUCUAACCCAGGAAAGAUUUGCUGAUUUUGUCACGGCAAUGUCACGCUGCUCCUCCGAUGAUGAAUUUGGUGACACGGACACCCUGAAAGACUUCAAGGAGGAAUAUGAGCCAGCUGAGGAAGAGGAGAAGUCUGCAGACAGUGCAGGCGACGAAGGCGGUUUCUGUUCAGAGUUGCCGCCUAGCGAUAGUUUUGCUGACUUUAGCUCGGUUCCGUUUGGAGGUGUGGCGGUCGGAGAGGAAGAGAACUGGGCUUCGUUUGGACAACGUGAAGGCAUAGAAGAGAGUCAGGAUUCAUGGGCAGCAUUUGGGGAGGAACAGACUACUUUUGUGGGUAAAGCGGUACAAGAUUAUAUGACUUCAGCAGUGCUCUCUAGUGACAACCUCCAGAGAAGCAGGAUGGACAAAGAGACUACUGAGUUCAGCUGUACAUUUCAGCAUCUCUUCAGAUCCACCUUCCCUUCAGAUGUCAGUCCUGAGGUUAGUGGGGUCACAGAGGUGUUGACCCUCAAGGCAGCCCUGCAGGCUCAGGAUGCUCAGGAGCUAAGGGACCCGAGCAGCUCUUUUGCCCUGGGGAAUGCAUUAGCCAUAUGGCUCCACGUUCAGGAUAUUCACGGCACACAUGGCCUCAAGUUCAAAUGGGCAGGUUCCCAUAGCAACAGACUCCUGCUGGAUUGCCUAGGAAUCAGGAAUAUUUUGCUCACUGGUGAGAAGAAGCAGCCAGUGAUCGUGCCUAUGUUUGCUGCUGGACUGGGAAUGCUGGAGCCCACCAAAGAGUCCUCAAAAUCUCCAGCCUCUCCUGCACUUUCCCCUUCUACUCCUGUGGAGAAUGGAAAUAUACUAUACACUCAGGUGGCACCCUCUUUGGCUGUUAGUAUUGACGGUAUGUCUCAAGAUGGUGGAAUCUCAGAGCUAAAUUUGGACUAUUUUGGGCCUGUGGAUGAUUGUAACUCAGAUAGUGAAAAUGACACUUCACUACCAGGUGUUGAUCCAGAGUUGUAUGAACUGACUACAGCUAAAAUAGAGACCAACACCACUGGUCAAAGCGGUGCAGAUGCAUUUACAAAACUAAUGGAAUUGAUGGAGAAAACCAGAACAACAGCCAGGAAGCCAGAUGGAAAAGAUGAAAAGUUAAGUGAAGAAGCAGAAAAGGUUAUCUCUCUUCUCCCUGAUCUGUCCUUCAUGCAGGGCAGGGUCCUAAUGUUCCCCUCCAUCCUAACUCCAGCAGCCAAUCACACAUAACCAAACACAACCACCAGCCAAUCAGCCUUAAACACUGCUGUUCUGUCAGUCAUUAUGACAUCAUAAUUUAUUCUGUUUACUAGCAGCAGCUCCAGCUUCUCUUCAUGGUUUCCUCCAAACAAUCAAAUUUCAUAUAAAAAGUAAUCUUUAAAAGCUGCCUUUUAUAUAAUUUAUAAAUUAUUAUUUAAAAAAAAUGAUAAACUAUUAUUAACUAUAACAGUCCUGGCUGCUGGUGUUGAUUUUGUAAACUGUUUGAAUUGCCCUGCUAUGUGUGAAAAAAUAAAAUGCUGAAUUUUUUUCAGCAGUAAAGAGACGCACCAUCCAACACCAGCUCUAGUACAUGCAGUAUUUAGAACAGCAUAUUCACCUCUUUUAUCCGAACAUAACUUAUUUGUUUGUGAGUUAAAUGUUGAUGGCUGUUUGUGAAAAGUGAAAUGCAGAAUUGCACAUUUUACUACUUGAAACCAGACAGCCUGUAGAUGAAUACUGACCCUUGCUUUCUACAGUACAGUAUAUACUGUAUUAUAAUUUGUGAUUUUUUUAUUUAUCAGUGUUUUUAAAUGUCAUUCAGUUCAAAGAUUUAUUUGUUUUAAAUUAGAAUAAACUGGAAAGACACGCCUAUACUCUCUUAAAGAUUUCUUUCAUUGGUUUAACUUUUUGUUUAGACUGUUGUACAUCUAAUUCAUUAAAAUACAUGAAUAUCAUAUAACAAUAAUUUCCUUUCACUGCCAGUAGUUUUUAUUUAUUUAUUUGGUUUUCGUACAACUGACGAACACACAUGAAAAAAUAUUAGACUGUCUUUUAAUUUUGUUACUGUUAAUUAGGGAAGUGACUCUUUCUGCAAGUCUGCAUUUUGUAUGGUGUGCAUUUAGUUCUGUUGUGGUUGUUUGAGCUGUUAUUAUGUCAUUUCACUGUGUAAUUUUUGAGGAUCUUUCCACAAUAUAUAGAUUAAAUGGGUAUAAUAUGAAGAUGACAAUAAUGCUAUCGGCCCAUACUUUUAAUGAAAAGAUGGGCAUGGUUUGUACUGUUCCUGUGGAAGAGACUAUAAUGAGGUUUGCCUGUGUGAUCAUAUCUUUUUCUUCCUUUGUAAAGAGUAUUUUAAAAUUGAUCAAGAAUAAAACGU